AUGUCUGCUGAACUUACAGACGCGCAGAAACGCGAAAUCGGUCAGCACUUUGUCUUUGGAUUCCACGGCCACCAAGUGAGCGACGAUGUCCGAAAACUUAUCCAAGAGUACUACGUCGGGAGCAUCAUCCUGAUGAAGCGGAAUGUACAAAGCAUCAAGCAGGUGCAUGCGCUCGUCCAGGACCUGCAGCGGCUCGCCAAGGAUGCGGGGCACGAGCGUCCGCUCAUGAUCGGCAUCGACCAGGAGUGUGGACUCGUCUCUGCGUUCAGCUCGACGGCGCAAAAGAGCGAAGCUGGCACCCAGUUCCCAGGUGCCAUGGCCAUCGCGGCGACGGGCGACCCGAACUUGGCUGGAGAGUGCGCAAAGGCCACCGGGCUAGAGAUGAAGGCUGCUGGCAUAAACUGGGCCUACAGCCCCGUCGCAGACGUCAACUCAGAUCCGCGCAACCCGGUCAUCGGAGUCCGAUCGUUUGGUGAUGAUGCGAAGCAGGUCGGAGAAUACGUCGCCAAGGUGUCGCAAGGGCUGGCUGAUGCAGGAAUAGCACCGUCGCCCAAACACUUCCCUGGCCACGGAGACACCCAUGUUGACUCUCAUCUCGCUCUGCCUGUCAUCGACAAAUCCAAAGAUGCGAUCCUCGCCACCGAGCUCGUCCCUUUCAUCCAGGCUAUUCAACAAAAUGUAGCGACGAUUAUGACAGGGCACAUGGCCCUCCCAAAGCUCACUGGCUCAGACAAGCUCCCCUGCUCGCUAUCGCGGGCAAUUACUACCGAUUUAUUGCGCGGUGAGCUCAAGUUCGAUGGCGUGAUCGUGACGGAUUGCCUCGAGAUGGACGCGGUCGUGCAAGAAUACGGUUCGGAAGGCGGCGCAGUGAUGAGUCUGCAGGCCGGCGCGGAUAUCGUGAUGAUCUGCCAUACCAUGGAGCGCCAUGAAGGGUCUGUCAGGAAGACGUACGAGGCCGUCUCGAAUGGUACAUUAUCGAUGGACGAGCUCGUGGCCAGCGGACGAAGGAUCGCGAAGCUCAAGGAUGAAUUUGCUGGAACCUGGAACGAUGUAUUGGACCGCUCGAUUAGUGAUGCAGAGAUCGCCCAGCUGGCCAAGAAGAAUGCGCGGCUAAGCGCAGAGGCUUAUGCGCGCUCGACAGCGCUUGUGCAGGGGUCGGUGCCUCAUAUCGACGCGGAUAAGACAGUGCUUGUGCUCUUCCCUGAGACGGAGAGUCUGAACAAGGCGGUCGACGAUGCGGAGGGCGUGCUCAGGACCAAGGAAGGGCAGGUGCGCAACACGGCUGGGCCGCACUACGUCGCGUUCGCAGAUUCUGUCAAGCGGCGUCGACCAAACUCGAAGUGGAUCGUCUACUCGCCCCUGAGCAAGACGGGAGGCGAGAUCGGAGCGGAGGUAGUCGGCGAGUUGAAGGGUGGAGGGCUCGGUGCGGUGAUAUUCGUGACACGGAAUGCUGAUCAGAGCGGGUGGCAGCUCGAGUAUCUCCGGCGGGUGCAAGAAGUUGCGAGCGCUGCCAGCGACGGUGCGGCGACUCCGAUCGUGAUGCUGGCGAGCUGUGGGCCGUAUGAGGUGAUAGGGGGAAGCGAGAGGGUGGACGGGUGCAGUGCGUGCGUAGCGAGUUUCGAGUACACGCCGGCCGCGCUGGAGGCAGCCUGCGCGGUGAUUUUGAGGGAACGUAGGGCGGUUGGCAGGGUGCCUGUACGCGGAGGAGGAGCAUAGCGCUAGCUGCCAGUGAAAGAUUAUUAGUGAUUGUAAAUAAAUGAGUUGUUAGAUGUUGCUCGGUGUCGGGCGGGAC